CCUACAAUGACAUCAGUGGGCUGCAAGCAUUACUGCUGGCUUGUACAGAGCUUCGCAGCUUGAACAUCAGUGGCAUCCACGUUCAUACACAGGAUUUAACAGCUACCCCAUACAGCAGUCUGGCAGCUUUGUUAGCUUUAAACAACAACUGGAGAUGUCUGUCUAUGUCUCCAUGCUGUUUGAGUGUAGAGAGAAGCCCUAAAAGCAGCAAAAGAACAUUUUCCCUGGUCCCAGAGGGUUACCUAGUUAAACGCAGAAGAAUUGGAAGUAAUGUUGCACCAAAUCAAAAUUUUGCUGCGUUUCCGGAUGCAAACUCUCCUUCAACUUCACAAGAGGAUCCUUCUGCAUCAUCAUCUCCACCGUCAUCUUCACCCUCAUCAAGUUCACCAUCGGUAUCUGAUGAGUCAGCAUUUGUGCCUGAGCUAGAGAAGUUAGUUCGGAGUUGUCCCCACAUGGAAAACUUUGAAUUGAACUGUUCAGGCUUCAGGUCUGCCUUUAACAAGUACUUCGGUGUCCACCCUACCACCUGCACAUCAAGCCCAUGCAUGUUCUCACUGACUGUUGGAGAUCAAGAACUGAUGUGUAUAGGAAGAUGGAAAUAUCUCAAAUCCUUGCAGCUAACGUCAAUACCAGGAGUAAACCAAGGACACUGUCUACUAGCAAUAGCCAAAGGCUGUGUGUCUCUGGAGAAGCUUUCUAUUGCUUGCCUUGGUCAGAUAGCACAUUGUUUGUAUAGGAGUGGUCUUUUGGCAGCUUUCCCAUUUUUCUCACAGCUCAAAGAUUUCAGACUAGAACAUCCGUACUUGAAGAUCGAUGACACGAUGCUGACUGCCAUGUCCAGAUGUUCUACCUUGGAAAGAGUUUGCAUCAUUGCCAAAAAUGGAACAAUGGACACAGAAGGAGUCAAGGAUUUUUUUGAAAAGGUUGAAAAGCUCAUCUGUUUUCAGCUGUAUACAGGUAGAUCUCUGAGUGUCUGCAGAGGUCUGCAAGCUUAUCUCAUCAGCAGGUACAAAAAGAGCCGUCCAGCCAUAUGUGUAUGUAUACACCCCUUGCUGAGUGGAGGCCUUCAGGAAGCCAUAGCCCAGUUACCAGACCAACACAUUGAUCAGAUGACCAUUCUUAAAUCAACUGUAUCAAUUCGACCACUAGACUGGAAUGCUCUUGGAUGA